CUGACUCACCAGCUGUUUUUCUUAUUUAAAUUAUCUUGUUUUACUGCCGACACGCCAAUUUAUCAAAUUCCUGCCUAACGUAAAGUACUCUGCGCAAAAUGGCUGACAGUUCGGAUGAUGAAUACUUGGCCACAGACUGGCUGCCAUAUAGUGAACGCGAAGACUGGAGCGACAUAACGCCGCUGCCGCAAGAUGAUGGACCCAGUCCUGUGGUCUCCAUAGCAUAUAGCCCCAAGUUUCGCGAGGUGUUUGACUAUGUGCGCGCCAUUAUUGCAAAGGGCGAGAAGUCUCAACGUGCCUUAGAUCUGACUACAGAGGCGCUCCGGCUCAAUCCGGCAAAUUACACUGUGUGGCAAUACAGGCGAGACAUAUUGCGUGCGAUAGAUGCCAAUUUGCAAGAUGAACUGGACUAUUUGGAUGAAGUAAUAAAGCAAAAUGCUAAAAAUUAUCAGGUUUGGCACCACAGGCGUGUAAUUGUGGAGAUGCUUAACUCUGGACAGUGGGAGCUGGAGUUGACGGAAAAUGCGCUAGACAACGAUGGCGAUGCUAAGAACUAUCAUGCCUGGCAGCAUCGCCAAUGGGCCAUACGCACUUUCAAUCUGUAUGAUGAUGAACUGGAGUUUGUGGAUCGAUUGAUUUGCGCAGAUCAGCGCAACAAUUCAGCCUGGAAUCAGCGUUUCUUUGUGCUUAAACACUUUGGCUUCACUCCUGAAGUUAUACGACGUGAACUGGCCUAUGCCAUGGACCGCAUACGUGUCAUCAAAAACAAUGAAAGCGCCUGGAAUUUUAUAGUGGGUGUGCUGCGUCAAAGCGAGAGCGGUAAACUUAAUAGCUACCCCGAAGUGGGCCAGCUCAGCGAGGAACUCUACAAUGCAGGCAAUCGGUCGCCAUACUUGAUGGCAUUUUUGAUUGAUUUCUACCAGGAGCAGGCACUGGAAGCCGCAGAUGAUGCAAUGGCACAAAAGGUUUAUACGCUAUGCACUGAAAUGGCCAACAAGCACGAUGUUAUACGUCGCAAGUACUGGCAAUAUGUUUCAUCAAAUUUAAAAUCACAGCUGGACAAGUCUGCGGAGCAGCAAGAGCAAACGGCAUAGUAAAAAUUCAAAAAUUGCAUUUAAAUUAGUUCUACAGUGUAGAAUCUACACCAUAUUCAUAGUUUUGCUUUUCCAUUAAAUACAUACCUUAAUUCCAAGCAAUGUAUAGUUAAUUUGUAUUAGCAUCAACUCAUGUACUCCCCGCUUUGUUUACCUUGCAGCUUUGCUUGUUUGUACACGUAAUGUUCAUUAACAAUCAGCACUUAACUGCGAGGUUCCCAUAUCUAAAAAAAAUACAAUUGUUAUCUAAAAUAUACCUGCAGUGAAAAACGUUUGGAGUUGUCUGCUGUCUCAAUAUUGGUAUUUAUUUAAAUUUGCUGCUUUCAGUUUUUGUUUUGUUUUAGUUUUGAGUACAUACUUUAUAGCAGUUGUAAUAUAUAACGUUUUUUUUAUUUAUUUUUCCUUUUUUUAUUUGAUUUGCUUGCGUAUAUUUUGAGAUUUCAGAAUGGAAAAAUUUGUUGUUCAUUCGGCAAAGAUUAAAUUAAUUGCGGUUUUACAUUUGCCCGUUAAGUACGUACUUAUAAUAAAGCAGAAGACAUCUUUGGCGUGUUGUUUGUUUGCAGCUAAUUUCUUUUUCAAUAUAUUUAAUUAUAGGAGCAAAAAUUAUCGAGUAAUUUUUUGCAUAAGUUUAAUAAAA